AUGGCCGCCACCGAUGGCCAAAUCAUUCUGGCCGCCUCCCGCUUCGGCGACUCCACGCCCGUCUACCUGCGCGACUUCUCCAAACAGCCCCUGCCGGCGGUGGCCAAGAUCCUCAAGGGCCAGCACCAGGCGCUAGGAGUGCCCACCCUGUCGGCCCCCUCGCUCCAGAGCACGGCCCUGUUUCUGAGCGCCGGCAAGAAGUACCAGAUCCUGGCCCAGCCGAUCAAGAUCAAGGAGGGUCGCAAGCCCACCAAUGUGGGCGCCAAGGUGCUCAUCCCGGAAACCUACGGCGGCUACUUCGAGCUACUCAGUGAAGAUGGCCGCUCCACGCGAUGCAUCGACUCGGUGCUGGAGCUGUCCAGGCGCCGCAACGCCCGGGUUCUGGUCCGGGAGACGUUCCGUUGCCAGCAAAUGAACCGCACCAUCCACGCCGGCGAACUUCUCACGACGAUGAACGACAAUGGGAAGUACCUGCAGUGCCGGAACAUCAAGGACGAGAUCAUCAAUCUGCCACUCGAUACCAAAGCCAAGUUCUCGCCGAUCGCCCGGGAGGACAGCAUCAGCGGUGUGCACACCGUCAAGAAUCUGCUGCUCAAGCGGAUGCCAGUCAUUGUGAGACUUGUCCAUGGGAGUGCGCCCAAGGGCCUGAAGCAGCCAUUCGUCCCAGAGCUCCGGCUGCUGGGGUGCGUGGAGAUCGACAGGAUCUUUGCCCUGCCCCUGCAGAAGGACACGGACCUGGUGCCGGUGCCGCUGAACGCGAAGAUAAAGCUGCAGCGGGCCAAGAACAUGGAGCAGCUGGAGCACUUCAUCGAGUACACGCGGUUCCUGGACAAGGCCCAGCGCCUGCUGGCGGACGCACGCGAUCGGCUGCAGAUCGUGGAUCUCAAGCUGAGCGAGAAGGAGAAAAAGGACUCCAAGUUCAGCAGUCGGAAUGGCAGGCUGCCGGUGGUGAUGCUGCCGUCGGCGGCGGGGGUAGCCAGCGGGCUGGCGGAGAGUGGUUACGUACUGCGGAAGAGUGCCAGCUGCGACUCGUGGUCCAAGCAGCAGAUCCUGAGCAGCAGCGAAAUAGCAGAGGAGUAUAACGAGAUCGAUCAUAUAUACGACUAUGUGCGGGGCCUGACGCCGCUCUCGAAGGGACUGGCGCGCUUCGAGCCUAUCUGCGAGUCGCCCACGCUACGGUCCCAUCACACAGACAGCGGCAGCGGCAACUACUGCAGCCUCAUCCGUGCCCCAGUGCACCAGCAGGCCACCACUUCGGGCAACAACAACAACAACUACAGCAGCCUGGAGUCCAACAAGCACAGCAGCAGCAACGGCGGCAACCAUCACGCCACCCAGCCCCAGCAGCAGUCGUCGCAGCAGCACCAUCACCACCACCACCUGGUGAACCACUACCAUCAUGGCCAUAUUCAGGAGGACAUCAAGCCGGUGCCGCCGCCCAUCGAGACCAUACCCGGCAAGAAGCCGGCGGAGAAGCGCCAGCGUCCCACUCUACCAAAGCUUUACAUCAAGAAUGCCCACAGUGCUGGGAGCAGCAGCAACGGCAACUCCACGGGCACCACCCACAGCAACAGUCACAGUCAGAGCCACAGUCACAGUCAGAGUCACAGUCACAGCCAUAGUCACAGUCAUGCCCACAGUCACAGUCACAGCCAGCAGCAGGCACAGCAGCAGCCGCCCACUCCGAACGGGAAUACUGCGAACGCGGUGGCGAAUGCAGCAGCUGCCGCAGUGGCAGCAGCCCAUAACCACGCCCAUGCCCACUCCCAUCACGGCUCGCAUCCGCAUCCUCAUCAGCACUCGCAUCCGCAUCCCCUUCCGCAUCCCCAUCACGGCAAGGUGCUCACGCCGAACAACCAUCUGCCGGCCAAGGAGGCGCUGGAGCCGCAAUCGCCACUGUUUCACAUAAGAUACAAGAGCCUCAGCAGCCUGCAACUGACGCCGGACAACAACAACUGCUCCUCGGUGACGCCGCCGACGAUCUCAGCCCACGGCAAGUCAUCCGUAGCGGGUGGAGCGAGCGGCGCAGGAAGUGGAGCCGCGCCUGGCACCCCGGGCACACCGCCCGACGUGGUGCUCAAGUGCGGGAGCAUCCUCAACGUGCACGGCUACCUGUCCAGUCCGCAUCCCCUGCCCAUGCCCCUGUCCCACAGCCGGAGCUCCAGCAGCAACAACCACCACAAUCCGCGCGAGGGCACCCUGGACUCGUCGCGGAGUGGCGGACGGACAUCCGGCGACUCGAACAAGCUGCCGGAGAAGAAGACCCGCCGCCUGUCCCGGCCCCGGAGCCUCUCGAACUUGGUCUGGGACCUGCGGCCGUCGAAGGAGAAGUCGAAGAAGAAGCUCUACAUCCAUCAUUUCGACCAGCGGCAGCAGGCUACGCUGUAUCUGUAGGAUGCACUGUAUCUCGAGGAUGACGACGACGACGACGAUGACGAGGAAGUAGCAGCACGACGAUGAUGAUGAUAAUGAUGAUGAUGAUGAUUCGUUGCCAACUCGUUUCUAGCUGCCAUCGACCCCCACAACAAACAGAACAACAACAACAACAACACCCCACAACAACAAAAACAAGAAGAAGAGCAACAGAAACAUAACUACGAAACAAUAACAACAACAUUUGGCACGCUGUGUGUGUUCCUGCAGCUUUCACCAUUUAGCUUGCAGCAGCAAUUUUAAUUAACAUUGAAUUGUGCCUUUCCCUGCUAUGCCCAGAAUUACGCUUUGCAUCCCAAAAAAUCUCAACAAAUCGAACAACAAACCGAACAACUAAUUCCACUGAAAUAUUCGACGAGAAUAUUUUUACUGGAUGAUUGGAUGGAUGGAUGGAUGGAUUUAAGAAGGAGCUACGCUGCCACACACACAGCAUUGGAGAAACUCAAACCCACAUGCCACAUACCAUACACACAAACACACACAUCAAGUCUAUAAAAUUGUGAUUUUAAUUUUAUGUUUAAUUUAAAUAAUUAUUGCAAAUCAUUUUCUAUGUAGAUGAAAAGCCAUUUAUGCUAUUCAGUCAAAAAAUUUCACGUUCAAAUGUUAAAAAAUGUCAGAGAAAUAUUAGUUGUCCAUUAAAGAGAGACAUGAUACUUGAUAUAUAUGUUAACCGUAAAACCAUACUGUAUGUAAACAGGAUAGCGAAAUCGAAAGGAAAACUUGUAACUAAGUGUAAGCAAUAUUAUCAAUCAACCGUAUAUCAAUCAUUUAGAGAACGUUAUGCAACGCAGCUCAUAACGCACAUUAUGCAGCACCAGCAACUAAAUCUAGCUAAAAUGAAUUUAUAAAUUAAUGCAAUGAAUUUCCUCCUCAUAAUUUAGAUGUUGUGCAAACUGUUGAUUGAAUGCAAUUGAUCCAUAAUCGAAGUAAUUAGUAAUUAGUUUGCUCAGAGCAAGACACUCCACCCCAGCCCGAAUCCCCAGCUUGUCCCACAAUUUGCUCGCAAUUGCAUUGUCUUAGUCGUUUAGCCUGUACAUUUUAGUUGUAUUAUCCAGCUUACAUAGCCUAUAAAUAGCGAGUAUCUAUACGUACAUGAUUUAACUAUAUACUGAUAUAUAUGUAACUUGUAUUUGUGUCUAAAUAAAUGUCUCAGAAAAAUAAAUGUAUAUGCAAAAUAGUA